AUGACGGACGCUAUUCCGACCGUCGCGAUACCGCCUCUUAUGUUCAUUGGGCUCCUACUCGGCCUGUGGACCUGGAAAUGCUUCUGGAUCAUCGUCAUGCAGAACAAGCUUCUCUACCUAUCAUGGCUGCCUCCAUUCACACGAUCUGAGGCCAUUUCAGAUUAUGAAGCUGAGUGCCGGCCAGUGCGGUGGGAGGAAAAACAGAUCCGUAGUCUGGAUGGGACUAAACUGGCUCUCUGUGAAGGCCAUAUUCCCAUUCAUCACAAGGAUAAGAAAUCCUUAUCGAACUCUGAUGCUCGCAAACCAAAUGAUCAAGGGAAAAUGCCCGCGAAACGGAAAAAGUCAACUUCAUCUGCUGCAACUGACUCUGACGUCACUAAAUAUACUGUCGCGGCUCUAUCAUACCGUGGCUAUUGGACAUCUUCUGGUCGCGCCACACAAUCUGGCAUUGAAAAGGAUGCUCAGGCGUUGUUGGCUUGGGUGUCAGAAACCUAUGCGACACCAGAAACCGAUCUUGAGAUUGUGAUAUGGGGGCACAGCCUGGGUGCGGCUGUAGCAAGCUCAGCAGUAGCUACUUAUCUUCCCCGCCAGCAUCAGAGGCAAAUGUCCUCUGACACAAGUAGUGAGAAGCCUCUGGCACCCAUUUCCAAACUCAUUCUGGAAGCACCAACGUCCAGCAUUAAAGAUAUGCUCAUCAGCCUGUAUCCUCAAAAAUGGCUUCCAUAUAGAUAUCUCUGGCCCUUCUCUUGGAAUACCUGGGAUAUCAAAUCAAGCAUGCGACAAAUGGCCACAUGGAUGAACCAGGCCAGCUCACAGUCGCCCAACGCUGAAGCCACCGGGUCAAUACCUCGCUCGCUUCCCCCGAUAUUUCUUCUCUCUGCCGAAAAGGAUGAAGUCAUCCCAUCAUACGUACCUGAGCAAUUGCACAAGCAUGCGGACUCUCUAGGCUUAGAGAUCGAGACGAAGAACGUCCUCGGCGCCAUGCACAUAGAGGCACCUCUUAAAUUGGAUGGCAGAAAAGCGAUGGUGGAGUUCAUCCUCAAAGGCACAACCAUGCCCAAAACACAAUACCCCCGAAAUAACAGAUAG